AUGGAUCAACCACCAAUCACAAUUGGUAAUGUGAACAUUGGGCCCGGCGCGACGGGCAUAGUGGGAGUGAAUUAUUUCGGCUCAGACAACGACAACCCCGAAAUUAAGCUGAAGGGCUGCAUCGAAGCCUUUUACGUGACAGAUCCCAAGGUUGACCGAGACGAACUAAUCAACAUCAAAGGCGAAGUAACGGACGGAACUUGCCAUUGGAUCCGGGAUGACGAGAUGUACAACGCCUGGCUGAACAACGAGUACUCCCAACUCCUCUGGAUUUCUGGGAGUCCUGGCCAGGGCAAGACAAUGCUUUCCAUAUUUCUUACCGAUGAACUUGAGUCUCUCGCCGACGACUCUACCCACGUUUUGUUUCAUUUCUGCAGCCAUCGAAACGAGGAGAAGAGCACGGCAACUGCUAUACUAAGAACGCUACUCCAUCAAAUAUUCAAACGAACACCUACGCUUGCCAAGCACGCCCUCAGCCGUAUGGCAACAGCGAAUAGAGUCAGAGACACUCUCAACUCGCGUGGAAUUCUAUGGCAGAUUCUCACGGACGUGCUGAAUGACCCCAGCCUUGGACCCGUGGUUUGUCUCUUGGACGGUCUCGACGAGUGUAAAGACGGCAGCGUGAAUCGGCUCAUCACGGAUCUUCGAAAACUUUUUGGCUUUUCCGGAAGGGCGGCUCGGCAGACCCUAAACACGUUCAAGAUUGUGGUCCUCAGCCGUAAGAUCGUGGGACUUCAUGGAUUUCUGCGUCUGGACCUCGAAUCCAAGACCAAAUAUAUCACGUCAGACGUACAUCACUUUGUUGACGCAAAGAUUAGAGAGCAUCCGGUCUAUCCAACCAUCGAUGAAGGCUUUUGGAACAACGUCACCUCGAUGAUUCGAGAACGCUGCAGUGGAACUUUUCUAUGGGCUGGCUUGGUCCUCAAUGAGAUUUUGAGCAAGGACAAUCAAACCGAGAUGAGACAAGUUCUGGAGGAGGUGCCUGGGGGAUUAGACGCUAUCUACGCCAGGAUUCUCUCCAAUGUUCCUUCUCGGUGGCGCCAAGAUGUGGCACGCCUUCUUCACUGGGUAGCAUCAGCUGUUAGGCCUUUGUCUGUAUCUCAAGUGGCUGAGGCAUGGUAUCCUGAUUGUGCAGAAAACCAGGCCGUGUUUCAGAAGGUGCGAGAUCUUGUGUCAAUGUCAGGAUCUCUAAUCAAAACCGACACAUGGUGCUGGGCAGAGAGACUUUCACUGAUCCACAGUUCAGUUGGGGACUACCUUAUUCGCCCAGUAGAUGAAGAGGAGGACAACCACGCACCACACGGAUUUCAACUCGAGUCACAGGCAGUCCAUCGUGAGAUGGCCGAAAUAUGUUUGCGAUCAAGCAGUGCACUUGUGCCCAUGGAGUCAAGACGCCAGAUCCGGGAGCCCGGAAUCCACGUCACGCUUUAUGACGACAUGAUUUUGGAAGAACGCAACUUUAAUCGCAAAUGGAUCUCAUAUGCGGUAUUUUCUUGGCCCUCACACGCGAAAGCCUGUGCCGAAGCAGCAGAUGGAUUGGUCAACUUCGACUUGCCUUUUUUUCAUGACCGUUCGCCUAUUCGUGACGAGUGGUUUUACGUUUUCACCCACCCACUUGGCGAAAAGAAAGACGUUGUGGAAGUUGAAGAGGAAGAUGUCAGUCUUCUACAAAUACUCCCAGCUCUCGGACUGACUUCCAUGAUGUCGAAGGUACUCAGACGCAUGCGGCAUCAGGACAAGGACUACAUUAACCGAAUGCAAGGGAGGUAUACUGCCCUAUGCCAUGCUGCCUUCUACGGUCACGAAGACACAGUCGAUCUACUUCUCGCCGAGGGCGCCCGCGUCACUGAAGGUCAUCCAAGUCAAGCAUGCGCUCUACAAGCAGCUUUUCAGCAGCAGCAUUACCGAAUAGCAAAGACUUUGCUCGAACACGUCUGCAGAGACGCAAACGAAUAUCCCGUCCCGCGUCAAGAAAGAAUACCCACUUCACUCACAGAACAGCUCCUCUUCCAUGCACUUGGAGGAUAUGAUGUCAGGCUUGUGAAGCUUCUGUAUGAUAAUGGUAUAGCAACAUCCUUAGAUCCAGAGGCUAUCCGAUAUGCCCUCCACACCGGCUCUGGACCAGUAUUUGAAUUUCUUCUGGACCAGGGUUUCGAUCCUAAUGCCUUGAACGAAAAGACCGGGUUAACACCUCUCAGUUUGAUUGCACUGGGCAGAUCUGACAGCGAGGUGGUAGGCGUCGCAGAAGUAUUGCUGAGGCGUGGCGCCAAUGUCGACGAACGGGAUCGUGAUGGGGUAACCGCGCUUCAUUGGGCGGCGCAUGAAGACCACGGGGCACUUAUUCCGACUCUUCUGGCGCACGGUGCUGACGUGAACGCGACUGAUGCAAAUUCUGCACGACCGAUUGACACAGCCUUGGUUUUCGGCAGCUUGAAGGUCGCCGAAAUGCUCCUCGAUGCUAGUAUGGGCACUGAAGUUGAACUAUUCCUCGAUCAGAACACAUUCAGAGCCUUGAACUAUCGAAUGACAGCUGUCCACGACAAGCCCGAGAUGGUGCGAUUGUUCCGUAUGCUUAACAAUGACAUUGAAUUGCCCCAAAGGAUUUGUGAGAAGCUGUUGCAAAGGGGUGUGGAUAUCAAUCUCGGGGGUCGUGAUGGGUCGACAACCUUGGAUUUGUUUGAUACGCCGCUUCGCCUGCACCAGUCAGACUACGUCUUGUGUUUAAUGCAACAUGGGGCCCGCUGUGAGUCGGACGAGGACACUGACAAGUUGAUAGAAGCUCUGUCGCGUUGGGCUUCCAGUCUUGAAGUGUCCUCAGAUGAUUGGGACACUGAGUCUGAAUAA